ACAAAUAGGUGCGAGCGCGCUUGGACAGAGGCAGGUAUGCGAGGUACCCUCGUGGCAGAGAGGCAGAAACUCAUUGAGAGUGAAAGUCUUCAAAAGUUUGAGCUCAAAGUCAAUUGUUCAGGCCAAGAAUUCAAGGAAUAUAUCAGGAAAAGAAGACUACACAUCAGAAAAGUUGCGUCGUACAAUUUUGGGGAAAAAAUUGUGGCAACACCACCUGAUCAUGUGGUUACCUUCAAUAUGACCGAACUAAUGGAAGGUAGCCCUGAGGUAUCUGUAUUGCAAAUGCUCUGCUGUGAUUGGAGUGGUUAUUUCAUGCUAUUGCGAGAAACUCCAGACUACUCGCAGGACCCUAAGAAGAGGUACCAGAAAGGAGGUUUCUUGACAUUUGCUCGCAUGAAGGAGAAGAUGUAUUUGCCAGAUAUUUUUGGACCCAUCACUGAGUUAGAGCAAUAUGAAGAAGCUUACACGGAUGUGAAACAAGUUGAAAUAUUCCAGAGCUUUCUUAAGAGAAUGAGCGAUGGACUUAGGACCCUCAAUGUGGACAAUCGACGAGAAUUUGAUCCUUAUAUCGUUCGUUUGCUGAAUCUGGCGAUGUUCUUAUCGGAGAGUGCCCACGCUUUCCCUGAAAGUGAGGACUUUGUGGUUGCGAAUUGGGACAGGCCCCUUUCUCAUCUGUCAAGGGUGACCCAGAGGCUGGAUGGACUGAUCCAUGUAUGGUCUUUUCUAUCAAAACUGGCGUUCAAAUUUUUCGUCGCCAUCAUAGAAUUCGACAUGCAUUUCCGGGGGUCUCGAGCUAGUUUUGAUGAAGCUAGGGAGCUGAUGCAUACGGCACUUGGGAGAGGUAGGCCUGCCCUGGAGCUGGAUGACAGCCUCAAUUUGAAGACCCUGCAGCUAGAUUUUUGUGGAGCAGAUGGGAGGUUCAAUUUGAGAACACUGCUGGGGAGUUAUCUUCGGGUCUUGAAGUGUGAAAAGCAUGAUAUCAUUAGGAUCAUCAUGCGGACUAAACAUAGAGUCACCAACUUCCUCCACGAGUACCCACCCAAACCUGAAGAGCAAAACCCGAAAGAGUUGUCACCAGAGGAUAAGAUUGCAGCAGAGCUUAGGAAAAAUGAAGACGAUGCUGAAUAUGUUCGAUGGGGGACUAUCAGAGAUGUGCAAGGGUUGAAAUUGAUAGAUUUCCUCUUGAAUGAUUUGCCCAUCGAUGAGGCCCAGUAACUCCAGAAGUCGAGGUGAAGAGGAUGCUGUUUUGAGAAGGGUGAUGACCAGUGGUGCGAAGAUGCCAGAAGUCGUUUUGUGGAGGUCAGCAUGUAUAGUUCAUGCGGUGUCCUGGGAAAAUGUAUAGUCGUUUUGGCCCUAGUCUUGCUUGAUGGGCGCUGAACUUGUAUAUGAAUCUAGAUCUUGGCAGUUUUGGAACUCGGUUACUUGGUACAGUACUAGUCACUUGUGUAGUUAUCUUUUCGCAUUGGAACUCGGUUACUUGGUACAGUACUAGUCACUUGUGUAGUUGGGCCUUUGGUUUUUGGUAUGGUUUGGAAUUCGGUUACUGCUUCUGUUUUGUACUGUACCUUUUUUCCGU